UUGUGUUCCCGGAAUCUCAGGAUUUAGAGAUUGAGAGAUUAUUUAAGGCAUGUUUUAGGUCCAGUGGACGUGCUCUGUCUUAAAUCGUACACGUUAAGUCUGUUCGCCAUAUCUGAGACGCUUCCACGCCUAACCGCCCAUUGCACGUGCGUUCUGCGAAGCUCAGCUGCACACGCCAUUGGAGAUUUUUGCAGUGUGGGAAUUACCAAAUGAGCUUCAAAACGACCCAGUAAUGGUGGACAGCCACUGCAAUCACAAAAAGUGGGCAACUCGGAUCACAUACCCCCUCAGCGUACGAACAGAAAGAGUCGACCCGUAGGUACGGGAGAGGGUUGGGGGAGAGUAUGCCUACACGGUCGGAGCGGGAGUAUAUUCUUGCACCAGACGAGUCGUGCUACAAGUCACCUGAUUUCAAGAUGGCGGAAAGGCAUUCGGAUCAUUGCUCACGCAAACAGUCGACGUUGAAUCGUCAGGUCGACGACAGGAUGUUUAGCGAGACGGUUGCUGACCAUCGGACGGGGCACCCAUCGCCAAAGCCUGGGGUGCUUGGCACGGGCGUGUUCAGCCUCCUCACAAUCCUCGUGGAAGUUGCAAAGCAAACCAUCGUGUUUGCAGUUAGACAUUUCAACACAACCAAACUGUAUCCCUUCUACAUUGGCAGCAUCGUCUUCUGCACGGAGCUGUCCAAAUUCCUGUUUUGCUACCUUAUUUUCUGCGUUCAGCACAGACGCAUGCGCUUCAUGCCGUCGCCCGUGUUUGUUUUUCCCGCGUUUUUUCUCGUGGCAGCCAACAGUGCCUUCUUGUACUGCGUGUACUACAUCGCCCCGCCCACGUGGAACAUUUUCCUCCAAUCACGCGCCGUGUUCACGGCGCUCGGUGGUUUCGUCGUUUUCGGCCGACCAAUAGAAAGACGGACAUGGGUUGCUAUGGUGCUGCUGGUAGUGACGGCCAUGUUAGCAGUCUUGUUCAGUCCGGGAGUUGUGACAUCUCAGUAUUAUCCGUACGAGGAGGAUACAAAGAUGUGGGUUUUUGCAGCGUUUAUUGGCGUCGCCUGUUCGGCAUUCUUGUACGACAGCUUCGAGUACAUUAGCAAACUCGGCAAGCGGCCAAUCGCAGAGAAGCAUAUCCAGCUAUAUUUCUUUAGCACCGUUCUUGGGUUCAUCGGGGCCGAGUUUACAUCUAACGGCAACAUCUUCGAGCUUGACAUAAGGAUGUUUUUCCCAUUGGAUUUCUACAUGUGUGUGCUCACCCUUGUCGUGUGGGGGUUCGGCGGUCUAGGUUUGUUCAUCCUCAUGAAUCGACUCUCAACUCCCGCCGAUGAGGCCAACUUCAUUCCCGCCUGGAUCCCACCGGUACUUUUCCUCUUGUCCACGGUCGUGAGUUCGCUGAUGUUUCCGACACAGCAAGGCUAUUCUCACGGCGUCACAGCGGUGAUCUUUCUACUCAUGGGGACAGUUUCGGUUUUAUAUUCAUCCGGCGGCUCGUCCACCGUGCCGCCGGAGCAAAACAAGGUCGCAAUAAUUGAUGCAUGAUUUUCUGUCCCUUUACUCUAAAUUUUUUGUUUUGUUUUGACCCGCAUGAUGUCACUAAGCAGUGUAUAGUCGAGUAAACAUCGCAAGUGCAUCACAAGUGCUGAUGACUUCUGUGGACUAGUGA